CUGCUUCUUCCUGAUAGCCACCAUGUCGCCCACGGACGACGACAAGAGCUCGUUCCAGACCGCCGAGUCGGGGGCAGAGACGUUCCACACCGCGAGCGGCGGCGGGUCGGGCGGAGAUUCCGGCCACCACCAACACCCGGCACUUGUGCGCAUCCUGUCCGGCGCGCAGGGCCCCAUUGUCGACAGUGCGACGAGUGCGGGCGUCGAGGCGCAGGCGGUCGUCGAGCUCGCUGCUUACGGGCUCGACAGGCGACGAGGGGAUCUCGAGCGCUCGGCGUCGCGCGCGUCCUCGCGCCGCGGCGGCGUCGAGGCAAAGGCUGGGGAGGCAGAGGGCGAAAAAGUCAACACGCAGCCAGAGGACGACGACGGCGAUGGCUCAGCGGCCACUGUCGUCAACGACGACGAGCCCAAGGACGACGAAGAGGUGCCCCCGGGCCUCAAGGGGUGGCUCGACCUCCUCGGGACGGUCAUGGCCAACAUGCUUUGCUACGGCAUGACCCAGUCGUUUGCAGUCUUCCAGCAGUACUACGCGCACCACCUGCUGUCGCGAUACUCGACGUCGACCAUCUCGUGGAUCGGUGCGAUCCAGUUCUGUCUCUGCCCUCUGCUGGGGUGCAUCUCGGGCCCGCUCUUCGACGCAGGCUACCUGAAGCACCUGAUCCUCUUCGGCGGCGUGCUGUACGUCUUGUGUCUGAUGAUGGCGUCGAUCUCGACGCAGUACUACCAGCUCCUGCUGAGCCACGGCAUCGGCGUGGGGAUCGCCAUGGGCUCGUUCUUCUCCCCCUCAGUCGGCACGCUCAGCCACCACUUCGCCAAGAGCCGCUACCGGACCUUCGCGUACGGGAUGCAGGCGAGCGGCAGCGCCGUCGCCGGCAUCGUGUUCCCCAGUAUACUGAACGCGCUGCUCCCGCGCGUCGGCUUCCCGUGGACCAUGCGGAUUCUCGGGUUCAUCGUCGCGGGCUUCAUGAUCGUCAUCUUCUUCACGCUGUCCACGACCGUGCCGCCCCGCAAGAAGAUUGCAGUGCUCAGCCCGGCCGUGUUCCGCAACCCCGCGUACAGCAUCUAUGUCAUGGCGGCGUGCUCGGCCUCGAUGGCAAUCUACGCCCCGCUCAACUUUAGCGUCACGUACGCCACGAGCCGCGGCGUGCCGCUCGACAAGGCAAACUACGCGCCGGCCAUCUCGAACGGCGUGUCCAUCAUCGGCCGCAUCGUGCCGCUCAUCAUCGCCCAGCGCCUCGGCCCCAUCAACGUGCUCACGACGUUCUCGGGCCUGUCGGCCAUCUCGCAGUUCCUGUGGACGCUCGCGCGCUCGACGACCAGCAUCCUCGUCUACGACGCCUUCUACGGCAUCGCGUCGGGCGGCUACGGCGCGAGCCUCAACCCCGGCGCGGCGAGCUUCGCCCCGCACACCAACCAGGCGGGGCUGUACCUCGGCAUGUGCUUCUUCGUGACGUCGUUCUUCUGGCUCAUCGGCGCACCCAUCUCGGCAGCGCUCAUCGACUCGAAGAGUGGAUACCUCGCUGCGUCCAUGUUCGGCGGAGCCGUCCUCGUGCUGGCCUUCUCGCUCUUCGUCGUGAGCCGUAGAAUACGUGUCAGGCAGGUCAACAAUAAGUUUGUGUAGGCAGCAUCAGCAUAUUACUAUCAGCAUCAUCAUCACUACAUCAUAUGUUGCAUGC